AUGACUCAAGUGAAGAGAAGAAGACUUUCAUUCAAUAAUGAUGAAUAUAUUUUAAAGUUCUUUAAGCAUUGCUUUCCUAAAUUUCCGUAUGAUAUAUUGAUUAUAAUCUUGAGCUUGUUACCUAUACCGAAAAUAAUCCUUUUGCAGUCUUUGAUUAAUGAUGAUUUUGUCAAGUUAAUCAGAAUUAAACAAAUCACCAAAUUACCAUGGUGUAUCAAAUACCCACAUGAUACUUUUCCUAUGAACUUCGAAGACAAAAUGAGAAUCAAUGACGAAAUUAUCAAAACUAAUCAAUUAACAAAGAGAGUUGUUAAAUUGUCAAAAACUAUUUCAAAUAACAAUUUCCAAAUUAACUUUGAUUUUUCAGAAAGUAGCUUAUGUCCAAUAAAAACAUUAGAUUAUGUUUUAGGAAACGCAAAGAAUAUUGUAUUAGAAUUAGAAUUGGGCCUGUUGAAGUAUAUUGAAAUUGAGAAGUUUAAAUGUUUUCAACUUGCAGGUAAUGUUAUCAAAAUGUCAUUUAAAAAAGAGAUUGGAAUCGAUAUACAAGAACCUUGUAAUAUUGAAUUGGAUAUUUCAAAUUAUCUGAAGCUUGAAACCUUGAAAACUCCUUAUUCAUCCAAUGUGAAGAAGUUAAGUCUUGAUUCAUCAUUCCAAACAUUGACAGAUUUAACCACAACUAGCAUAAUUGAUAAUGAAGAUCUUUCAAAAUUUACCAAUUUAAAAAGUCUUUCAAUCUGUUAUGGAAAGGACUUGUAUAUAAAAAAGCUACCCAGAUCAAUCAUAUCAUUAUUUAUCGACUUCGAAGAUAAUGGGAAUGAAAUAAAGAUAGAAUCAAAAGAUGAUUGGCCUCCCAGUUUAACAACAUUAUCGUUAUUAAUUUCUGAUCGAGCUUUUGGAGAUGUUGGAAGUAAUUUGCCAGAAACCUUGAAGAGUUUUCAAAUAGAAUAUAACUCUGAACAUUCUACUUAUUUUCCACAGUUACCACAUUCAAUAACCGAAUUAAUCAUCAAGUCUGACUACGCUGAAAAGUGUAUGGAUAACCUACUUCACAAAGGACUUCGUAAAAUUGAGAUAAAAGUCAUACCAUUAAAUGAACCAUACAUGGAGAUAUUUCUUCCACAAGGAUUAAGCGAAUUCCAUUGGUCGAUUCCAUAUUGUCCAUUUUUAUUAGAUGGCUUGAUCUUCAAUAAUACUAAAGCAUCAUUAAAGACUCUACACAUUGAACGAAUAGCAAAUGAUAUUCCCUUUAACAAUUUGAAUUUUGAAGAUUUUUCUACAUUAGAAGAAAUAACACUAGAUGGUUGUAAGAUUAGUUUACAUAAUCUAAAACUCCCCAUAUCUUUAAAACUGUUGAAAGUGAGAGAUGAGCUGUUAUCGAUAGAUAAAAUGACUGUUUUAUUUAAAGAUCCCCAUAAGUAUUUCAAUCUUCAAAACCUACAAUUGUUAUGCAGAAAAGGCUACACUUGCUGCCGAAUUAAAUUACCAAUAAACUUGAGAACUCUUGCAAUGCCAUGUUUUGAUUCCAAACAGCUCUUUAUUAAGAUUUUUAAUAAUAAGUCUCUAAUGAAAGCUAAAGUUUAUGAUGAAAGUUAUAUUGUUACACUUUCUGAUGAAUUUGGCGACAGAGAGAAUAAUUCAAACUUCGAUAGGUUGAGAUUCAGCUUAAAGACCCUGUUCAAUAGGACCAUCAUAGACCUGUUCUAUGACAAUAUUGAAAGUAUUACCAGAAGGAAAAUUCCAAACAGAGUUUAUAAUAAACAGUUCACCAUUGAUUUAGAGCAAAAUUUCGCUAUCAACGAGGAGUCAGAAACUCAGUAG